AUGGCUCCGAGUCCCCUUCCACUAGAGCUCAUCUACCACAUUGUGGAUCACCUAUCCAACGACAGGUCUUCGCUUAAAAACUGUUGUCUCUCUGCCUCUGCGUUCGUUUACGCAUGCCAAAAACAUCUCCACCACAUGCUCCGCCUGGAAGCUGGAAAAUAUGCCUCUUGGGAUGCAGUCGUAGAACAUUUCCAGCAGUCUCCACAUCUUGUCAAGUAUGUCAGCCGCCUGGACAUCGAAGUCGACUGGCCACUCGAUAUUAACCAACUUUCCAUCAAUCCAAAAUUCUUCCUGCAGUUCACCAACCUUGAAACCCUUCUUAUCAUGGCCGACACAGAUCCAUCAUGGCACUCUGUACCCGACGCAAUCACAGUAGCACUGUCGACGCUCCUUGUCGAGAGGAGUGUGCGGCCGCUUCGGCAUCUGAGAAUGUGUAACCUUGACGACAUUUCCCCGGACCUUGUAAUCCUUGCUCUGAAUGCCACGAACUAUUUAACCCUGUGGCUUUGUAUCGGCAGUGAGCUCAUUCCAGAGGCCAACCCCGGAAAACACACCCGCGCGCCAGUUGUGCGCUCGCCGCGGAAGACUGUCAUCGUGUCCUACAGCGGCACUCUGCUUCAAACCCUCGCCUGGCCCCAACUUCGGCCAUAUCUUUCCAGUAUCGCGUCGUUCAAAGUGGACGGCGAUGAAGACCUGUUCGACCCUUUGCUUGCGCUGUAUGUCCUGCUUGCACCAACCAUCCCGGAGAUCCAUUUCCCCAGCGUCCAAGAUAUUUUCGUUGAGCCUGAGGGAGCAGCUGCUCUCGCGCUGGCACUGCCCUCGUCCUGGCCAGCGCUUCGCACUGCCUAUGCAUACAUAAAGAACCGAAAAGAAUUAGAGGAAGAGCCGUCUUGGAUGCUGACCCAGCUGCUUGCCAACGUUCUCGUGCCGCAUUCCACCCCCAAUCUUAUUGAAAUCCGCAUAAUAUUUGAGGUGGACAUGGCAGGUCCCCAACUUGAAGGUCCAUCCUUCGCUCCCGCCACACCCAUAGUGUGGCAGCUCAACGCGACCACAUUGGCUGCCCUUGAUGCUGCAUGCGCCUCACACCCGACACUCGUGGCUCUGCACUGGACGAUUUCCAUUCGGACCUACCUGCGCCAUCACCGGUAUGCCGACUCGGACCAUGCCCUCCUGGAAUUUGCAGCAUGUUGUGAAGCGCUUGAGCGCGCGUUGCCAAAGACCAAAAGUAGUGGACGACUGAGGAUGGAACAUCAUGAGCGCCCAACAGACUGA